UUGUGUUGUUUACCUCGCACAUUUUGCUUUCACUAGCAAAUGUUUACAUUUACAAUUGCUCCUUAGCACUAUUGAUUUAGUGAACAUGGCUGAAGACAUAAAAAGGACUAAGCUAUGUGUAAGAGAGCUGCAAAACGUAAUGUGUGCCAUUCGGAGCCUUGCGACUUCCUCGGCGACCAGUGUUCUCGUUCUCGUACUCGCAUUUUAGUUUCGGUCAUCGAAGUGUUACAACGUCUCCGUUAUUAUCAAAACAAUGUUAUCGAGUUCGUAUCAAACAUUGAUAUAUGAAAAACGAUAAUGUAAUUAGUUUUCUGCGGUAAUAAAACGAAAUUGUGGACUUACUUAGCGUGUGUGGACCAGUUUAAGAUAUAUUUGUAAAAAUGAGACAUGCAUUCGACCGAAAUGCAAAAAAGUGUAUCAGUGCAAGUAGAUAGUGAUUUCGCGCUUUUUCUACCCGGUGGUGUGUACGAAAUUAAAAAAAUGGAACCAAGAUCGAAAUUACGAAAAGUGAUUCUAUUUUGCUUAUUACUCUCCCUGUUUGGGAUGGUGGCAUUUGGAUACUUCUGCCCAGAUCAGGUCUGCGCAAUGUCAUCUCGUGAAAGAGUGGCAGAGUCCCUUGCCCUCUCGUACGCAGAAGCCCCGGGACGGCCUCUCCCUGACGUCAUCGUGCAGCCAGGCCUCUCAUAUGACGAGGUCCUGCACGACGACUUCAGGUUCGACCUCAACGCCCACGACGUCAUGGUCUUCUUGCAUAUACAGAAGACCGGGGGAACGUCGUUUGGACGCCAUCUUGUGAUGGAUCUGGAUUUGAAGAGGCCGUGUAACUGUCAACGAGCGAGAAAACGUUGCCAUUGUUUUCGUCCGCACAGCAACGAGAUAUGGUUGUUUUCGAGAUAUUCCACCGGUUGGAAAUGUGGUCUUCAUGCAGAUUUCACCGAGCUGACGGCCUGCGUUGGUGGAGAACUUGACAGGCAUGAAGGUUCUGCCGUCCACAGGCGGUAUUUCUAUAUAACUUUGCUACGGGAGCCUGUGUCCAGGUAUUUAUCGGAAUACCGGCACGUGAAGCGUGGGGCUACUUGGAAGGGCUCCCGCCACUGGUGCCAAGGGAGGACAGCUUCUGCAUCGGAGGUACCCUCAUGUUACAAUGGCGAUUCUUGGCGCGGUGUAACAUUGGAAGAAUUUACUGCCUGCUCGUGGAACUUGGCCAAUAACCGACAAACAAGAAUGUUGGCAGAUUUGGCCCUCGUAGGCUGUUACAAUGGAACUCUGCGACACAGGACAGCUGAUACGGAUAGGGUCCUCCUGGCAUCCGCAAAACGAAAUUUGGCUGCGAUGGCCUAUUUCGGACUAACUGAGUUCCAGAAGAUAUCACAAUAUGUAUUCGAAGAAACCUUCAAUCUACGUUUUGCUGUUCCCUUCACGCAGCACAACGCUACUGUUUCCGGCGCGACUCUCGCCGCUCUGUCGCCUGCGCAGGUCGCGCAGAUCAAACAGCUCAACUCGCUUGAUCUUGAACUGUAUGACUUCGCUAAGGGGCUCAUGUUUAAAAGAUUCGAAGCGUUGCGAAAACGGGACAGCGAUUUCGAGUUCCGCUGGCGACACCUUGGCGAAGUGGCCCCGCGUAGUGGAGUCACUGAAUUCGAUUGGGACAGCAAUUUAGAAGAUGGGACAACCGAAAAAUACAAAGGAAAGUAAGGCCUGGGAUGCUAAAUUUUAUGUUUAGUUUAAAAUACCACUUUGUGAAGGAUCUCGAAUAAUAUGGCAAUAGAGUUUGGAUGCGCAGGAGUUUUUUUAGAUUCUUUUGUUAAGCGUGUGCCUUCUGUCCAUUGCCAAGUUACGUGUCGAGACCUAUUUCAAAAUUUUGUACAUAUUAAAUAUACACGCCACCAUAUUUUAAACGAACAUAAUGUAUAUUGUAGGUUAUCAAGUGUCUUAAGCCCGAUUUCACCGACCUAGUCUAGAGUUAGUAAGAUCUAUGGCUAAUACGGGCCUCUGUGCAGUUUGAUGAUUAAGCAUGUUAGUCCAUAUUUCUAGAGCGUUGAUUAUUAUUUAGUGAUUUAACAUCAACACAAAUGGUACGAUUCAAAAAUAGGAAUUAGCUUGAGUCCUGUACAUCAUAAUUAUAUUAUUUGACAUUCUGGAAACUUGCUGAUAUGGUCUUUGUUCCAUUAUUAAUUUGAAUUUUUUUUAUAUAUAUUUAGCCUUAUAAUUCUUGUUUCUGAAUCGCACCCUAACAGCAUCCUGUCCUUGUGGAAUAGUGACACAUUUAUGAAUGUUCUAAAACCGAUUUCAAAUACCCCUAAAGUUUGUUGUACUUGGUUUGAGAGAUAAUUAUAUAUGUGGAUUAAAAAUUCAUUCUGCUACUAUAUAAAAUAGCUGUUAUUUCGAUCAUUUAUGAUUUAUAGCCUUUUCGUAGCGUUGUCUACAUAACGUACCAAAGUAUAUGUUUUUCUAUCAAAAUGAUAUAUAUACGCUUUAGAAGUAAUGAAUUUGACAUCGUUAAACAUGUAUUAGAUAUGCAGUCAUAAUUGUGUUUCUAUUUACGGAUUGCGAUAAAUAUCUUCAAACAAUUAUAUAAAUGUGUAUUGUUUAAGGAACAUUUAAUACAAGUUUUGAUAUAGAAUUGCAACUGGUGUUUGUUAAGGUAACAUAAAGAGUCCACUAGUAUUCCUCUUUGAUUAUAUUCGUUAUUGGCAAAAAUGAAAACUAGGCAGCAUUAUUCGUAAGUAAAAUUCGUCUAGACUAUCGCAAUUAAAUUUUUGAAGGUUCUAUAUUAUGCUACGCAAUUUUUCGGUUUCUUUCUGGAUGUAGGCUUUUUCUAGUACGCCCUGUAUUGACUUCUGCAUUCUCUGAAAGCCAGCCUCUUUGGUCAGUUCACCUAGUUGGUGGGCUCGUCCUUUUGCUCUUCCGAGAUCUCCAUUCACGGAACUACGGCAUAAUGCAGAGCGAAUUCUAAAUGCUGAACUAGGAAUUACUGAUUAGUUCAGAGCUUUUGUUUAUUUCUAUGAAUUUUGUAAAAUUUAGUUUGCUCUAAAGUGAGCUGCAAUAUCUUGUUGCUUACUUCUGUAUUGUAAAAUUAUGUACAUAUAGGUAAGUAUUUAUCUGCUAUGAUUCUUGUAUUCAGGCAUUUUUUAUGUUCCAUGUUAGAUUGCCGAGUUCUAGAUGUCUAUGAAUCAAAAAUUUGGUUGUGUUUUGUAUGUUUACCCACCGAUUUUAUUAUAUUCAGAACAAGUCAUAGCGUAGAUUAGAGAUUCAUCAACGGACGUCGUGGCAGAAUACGAAAUUCCGUAGUUAGACGUUAUAUUCCUUCUGGGAAUUAAGGCUGUUGUUGCCAUACAUUAUGUAGAUCCAGCUGCCCAUUGAAGUAUUUCCAAAAUUAUUAGACUUUUUCUUAAAGAAAAAAAGUGUACCAAUUCUGAAAAGGAUUUGAGUGUCCAUGGAUGGCGGCGGUGUCACCUAACGUCAGUUGAGCCUCCUGCCCGUCUCUUUCGUUCUGUAAAAAAUAGUUUGAAGCAAAACAUUUGUUCUACAUUCUUGAUUUGAACAUUUUUUUAAACUUAUAUAUAUGCUUACUUUUUUAUUUUGUCCCGUAUUUGUGUUAGUUUCUGAAUAUCGUUUAGAUGCACUUUAAAAAUUGCUAUCCUAAAUCGAUAUUUUGAUCGUAGACAUCAAAUUGUAAAUAAUAUUUGUAUUUUUUUAAUCUAGUUUAUUAGCUAAGUAAAGCGAGGUUGAUGAAUUUUGGUAUAGAAAUAUAAACAAUUAUAUAUUUGGUUUGUAAUUAAUGUAAAAUGUAAAAAUAUAAUUCUCAGUUUGUAACCAAAGAAAAAAAUAUGUUUAAUUUUAAAACAAUUUGAUCACCAGUUUUGUAUUAGAAAUGUAUAAUUAUAUGUUGUUACAAAUGUAUUUAAAUUUUAAACACAAGAUUGAUAGUGUCCGCAAAUUGCUAAUGCGAUGGAACCUUGUCAUAGUGACAAAUUGGUAAAUAGAAAUAUAAUUUUUAAUUUAUUACAAUAAUUAUUUAAAAAGCAGACUAAUUAUCAAGUUAUUAAUAAAAAUAUGAUCAACUAUUUUAGUUUAUUAAAAAAAAACAAACGAUAGUUAAACGUCAUAACAAAACAUUUACGAAAUGAUUGCAUACUUUUAUGAAUAACAUUGAACGAUUUUUAUUGUAUUAUCACUAUUUUGUAUGGAUACAAAGAAGGGAGUGACUCCUCGGACGUAUAAGCCAAUAGAGAGGAAGAGAUAGAUGCGGUGCAAGCGUACAAUGAGCGUAACGGGACAAUGAGUCAUGCUUUUUCGUGCGUGCAGCCGGCGUUCAUAUUAAACGUUGCAUUACGACAAAACAGUGUCCAGGCGCAUUAUCAAUUUGCGAGGUAAUUACGUAAUCAAUUAAUAAUAAAAUAUUUUAUCAUUUAAUCUUGUUUAAAUAUGAGAAAAUUAAAAACAUUAUUUUUGUUAGAAUAUUCUAGCUACUUUAAGUUUUAUGUCUUGAUGUCUAUAUCGCAGCCAAUUAGCCUAAUUAGCCGUUCAAUCAACAGCCUAGCCUAUUAACUAAACAGCGCCGUUUUAACUAGCGGCCUGAAAGAUUUUCGGGCGUAGCAUUUGUAACUAUAUUUAGUUAACUGGCUGGCAAAUGCUUAGGCCAUUCGUACUAUAGAAUGAUCACGUGUGACAGAUGAAACAUCUGACAUAAAAAAAAUAUUUCUUUAAAAAUGAAAUUGCUUGAGUCAUCAAAAUUCACAUAAUUUUUGUCACUACACUCUUGUUUUCAUUAAACUUUGGAAACACCAUUAAUGUUGUGGUUUUCCGACGUUAUAUUGUCAGGUUAAAGAGUUUCGACGUUAGCCUAGGUGUGGGACUAAAUUUAAAUUAACAAUCAACAGGCUAGGCAAGUUAUGAAACGUCACUGAUCCAAGUCAUUUGCCUUGCUGUUUGAUCAACUGGCUAUCUUUGAGGCCGCUAGUUAAACGGCGCUGUUUAGUUAAAAGGCUAGGUUUUUAACCGAAAGGCUUAUUAAGUUAGUUGGCUGCGACAUGUAUAUGUAACCUUAGUUAGACCAUCUUUUUUUACUUUAAUUUAAUAGUGAUAUGAUAGCAAUGAUCCGGUAUGACUCCUAUCUGUCAUAAUUUUUAUUUUGACAUACAGGCGUCAUAGUUGGCGCUAAGUCCCACUAAACAUAGUGGGGUAUUAGAAAGAGAAAUGACAAUAUGACCAGUAUUAUAUAUUCUUUAUCAAAGAAAACAUAUAAAAUUUAUUUUAAUACAAAAAUUGCAGCUAUUUUGGCUUUAAUACUCUUAAUCAUAUCGAUAAAAACAAUAAUUAAACUGACAAAAAUGUCAAACGACAAAGGAUUAUUGGUCAUUGAGGCAAGAUUUUAGUUACAGUCCCGUAGAAGGCCGUUAAUCAACGAACAAGCGUAAAUAAAACAUUCUACACUAGUCUACAUGCAGAUGGCAGGCAUUUGUUUUUUGACAAUUUCCAACACUUCCAAUUUCAUUCUGUUACCGACAAUCUUUUGGCGGGAAAGGAGUCUAAAUCAUCCUUCUGUCAAAUAUUCUUUAACGUCAUAGACUAUAGACUUUAAUUGUCAAAGAAAACGGUGGGUGGUUGUUCCCGAUACUGACAAAACAGAUCGAACAAAAACUGAUGAAAACAUUCCACCAUUUUUCACUAUAAAGCUUUGAAGAAUGCAAGCGUUUAGCCUCUAUCAGAAGUAGUAAAAGUAAGGCAAAUAUAGUAACUUUUGUUUUUUGAAUUGUAUGUAUUUAGUAUAUAAAACAUACGUAAAAUUUAACACUGACAUAUAUCCUGUGAUAUGUUUUGCACUAAUCACGUUUAUAUAAGCUGUUGUAUAUAAUGAGCCAUAUGAACUUAUGAACUAGCUAUGUAUAGAUUUUAAGCGUAACUGGAUAUAUUUUAAAGAUUUUCACCUGUAGCGCAAACUUUAACGUGUUUACGUUCUUAAUCUUUUUUGUUAUUGUCAAUGCCAUGCUGACAACUGAGCUUUUACUAGCAAGCGGGAUAUGGUUUGUCAUUCAGAUAACUGUCAUUGAUGACAGUGACAGAUGUAGCUUUGACAUUUGGCAGUUUCAAAUUAUACCAGUUACGAUUACAAUAUUGUUUAUAUAUGCUAUUUUCUAUAAUUGUCGACAACCAAAAUCUAGUAUUAGUUGUUUAAGUUCCCGACUGAACCAAAAUAUAGUUGGUACGUGUUUAUGAACACUUAAUAAAUGAAUUAAACUA